GGGGGGCACAUGCUCCUCCUCUCCAGGUUGAGCUGAGGCAGAAGCAGAGCUCAGGUGUGGGAUGAGGUUUUUCAGGCUGGAUGUUCUGUCCCCUGGAGGGUAUGUCCUCAAGGUUUUUCAUACUGGGGAGCUGCAAGGACAGGAAGAGAAUCAGAGGGUCAGGAGCCCAGAUGUGUUCUCCAUCUCCCUGUUCCUCAAAGGCCCUGUGAGGGGCACAGGGAAGGUGGUCCCUGCCACACUGACCACCUGGCCUGCCCCAGACAGAGAGCUAUACUUAAUCUCAUGCCCAGCCCUGGUUGUGUUGGCUCUUGGCUUGUGGCCCUGUGCCACCUGACCAUUUCUCCUGUCCUGCCGCACAGGGCCUGACCAGUCAAGCCGCCCCCACACCAGCCCUGCCUUUGGUGUCUCAAAGGGUGAAUGAGGCCAUCGCCGGGCACUCCCUCCCUGGGGUUUGGCUCCUGCCCAUGGCUGACAGUGGAAAUCACAAUCUGUGAGAGAGCUAUAGCCCAGCUCUGCGCCCUUCUAUUUUGGACCUCUGGGCCCCUUCCUCUCUGUGUCCCCCCACACCUCUUCUGGCCUGUUCAGUUGGUGCUCAAACAGGAUGAGGUUGGGUCUCCAAGAGAGUAGAGGCUGGGGGACCCGGGGUGGCCCCCUUAGGGAAGAGUUGGGGGCAUCCAGAGGCUGGCAGUCUCAGAUUACUACCCACCCUCCUCCUUCACUCCCAGGGGCCUGCCCAGGCUCCAACCACAACAUCCUUUGGGGUUUGGCCUAUAGAUCUGGAGCGGAUGACUCCCAAAUAGCCCUGGCAGAGUCCCCUGUGACCCGACCGCACCAUGACCAGGCGCCCCCACCCUGGCCUCCAGGGCACAGCCCGGAGACUAUAAAUGGUGCUUGGAGGCUGGUGGAAACAGGCCAGCUGAGUCCCAGCAACAGACCCAACGCAGCAUCUGAGACACACCAUGAGGCCCCUCGUGCUCCUCACCCUACUGGCCCUGGCUGCACUCUGCCUCGCUGGCCAGACAGAUGCAAAGCCCAGUGGUGCAGAGUCUAACAGAGGUGCAGCCUUCAUGUCCAAGCAAGAGGGCAGUGAGGUGGUGAAGAGACUCCGGCGCUACCUGGGUCCCGGGCUGGGAGCCCCAGCCCCCUACCCAGAUCCCCUGGAGCCCAAGAGGGAAGUGUGUGAGCUCAACCCUGAUUGCGACGAGCUGGCUGACCACAUUGGCUUCCAGGAGGCCUACUCACGCUUCUACGGCACAGUCUAGAGCUUGCAGCCCUGCUAGCCUGCUGGCGGCUCCCUGCUCUGGCUCCUCUCUAGGACCCCCUGCGCUGACCUCCCUGCCCUACAAGUGUGGGGUCACUAUCUGCCCAGCUGCUCCAGAAUAAACUCCAAAAAAGGAAUUGGUGGGUUCUGACUCUUUGUCAGGGGGGUACUGGGAGGAUGGGGAGAGGCAAAGAGAUUUUACCUUCAGUACCAAAAAGUGCUUCCCAAAGUCUGUUGAUUUUUUUAUUUGUACCACUUCAUUCCAGAAGCAUUAGAGGUGGCUUUCUAAAGUCCAACUAGGGCUCCCUCUCU